AUGUCGAGCCCCAGGAUCCUCAUCUCCGGCUCAGGCAUAGCCGGCAGCACCUUUGCCUACUGGGUGCUCCGCGCAUUCCCGACCGCAUCCAUCACAAUGGUCGAGCGCUGCCCGACCUUCCGCCUGACCGGCUCAAGUGUCGACCUCCGCAGUUCAGCAGUUGAGAUCUGUGAGCGCAUGAACAUGCUAGGUACGGUUAAAGACCACACGACUACGGAACAAGGUAUGCGGUUCGUGAACUCGGACGGCAGCAUCGUGGCUACGCUCGGUGCAUCAGGUCGCUCCGACGUUCAGGUUCUCACGUCCGAGUAUGAAAUUUUUCGCAGCGAUUUGGCGAGGAUUAUUCUCGAGCCAUCCAAGGACAAGAUCAACAUACUGUUCGACGACUAUGUCCAGAGGUAUGACAACGAAGCGGACGGGGUCAAGGUAACGUUUACAAAGAGCAAGAGGGUCGACAAGUUUGACCUUCUCAUAGCUGCAGACGGUGUCGGCUCACGGAUUAGAGGGCAGAUGCUCAACUCUGACCCACGUGAACAAGUCCAUGACGAAGGAGUGCACGUUGCAUACUUUACGCAAAAGGCGGACUUGCUCAACGGCUCAAAGUUUGCAGAAGGAUACAGCGCCCCAGGCGGACGAGUAAUUAUGAUCCGCCCAGAUCCGCACCCAGAAGGGCGAAGCAAGGUUAUUCUCAUGAAUGUCACGACAAAGAAUGAUGUCGCCACCAAGAAGCGAUUGAACGAAGCUGUGGAGGCAGGGAACGAGGCGUACAUGGCUCUCCUCGAAGAAACUUUCACCGGUAUGGGCUACAAAGCCGCAGAGGUGCUGAAAGGAAUGCGCGAGAGUGACGAUUUCUACUGCUCGCUGUUUGCUCAAGUCCGCUCUCCGAAAUUAGUCGACCAGUCGGGGCGGGUAGUCCUACUCGGAGAUGCCGGCUACGCGACGCCCGGUAUAGGAACGAGUCUUGCCAUGAUAGGCGCCUAUGUCCUCGCUGGAGAGUUGAUGUCUUCGAAAAGCGGCACGUCAAUUGACAUUCCUGCCGCAGCCAGCAGAUAUCAGGACUUGAUGUUGCCAUUCGUCAAAAGCCAUCAAGGUGACGAUAAUGCAAUGCAAAUGAUGAAUCCUCAGACCGGCUGGGGAAUCAAGCUGAGGGACUUGGCUUUGAAAGUCGUGACAGGACUCCGGUUAGAUCGCCUGGCUAUAGUUGGUGCUGCCAAGCUGGGCUUCACGGACAAGAUGCUCAGUAUGCCAGAGUAUUCAUGGCCAGAAUCUGCCUGA